CAUAAUUCGUGACUUGCUAGACGAUUUCCACUCAAGUAAGCAGGAUGAUACCGUUGCUGAUAUUUUUGGCUGUUCUCAGCUGUGCAGGACCAUCCGUUCUUGCCGAACUAUCCGACGACCACCCGUGGCAAGUCACGCACGACGACCAAGGCCACUUGCAUCUAGUUAGCCAGGACCCAUAUGUUGAGGAACUGUUCGAUCAACCCGCACCCAAUUUCGACCCGGAGUAUGAUACCCGCUUCUACCUGUACACUCCUUCGAAUCCGGAAACUCCGCAUCAGAUCUGGAACAAUUACGAGAAUUCGGUUAUCUACUCGGCAUUCAACGCAAGCAAUCCGACCAGAUUUGUGAUCCACGGUUGGGGUGGCGACUUCAACUCCCCAAUCAAUCGACGAAUCCGUACGGAGCUGUUGAGUGUGGGUAACUUUAACAUCAUCUUCGUGGACUGGAGUGCUGGCAAUGAUCCGUUCUAUCCGAACUCACGUCGACUAGUGUACCCUGUCGGAAUUGCGACUUCUAAUUUGAUCGAUUUUCUCGUAAGAGUGAAGUACCUUAGACGUGAGGAUGUGGCGGUGAUCGGACACAGUCUGGGUGCCCAUGCCGCAGGAAAUGUUGGUAAAGGACAGUUUGGACGAAUUCCGGUGAUCAUUGGUCUGGAUCCAGCUCUGCCAUUCUUCGCAUUGGACUCAAUCGAUAGGAUCAAAGCUACGGAUGCGGAGUAUGUGGAAGUGAUUCACACGAAUGGUGGUUUGCUUGGGUUUUUGGAACCGAUUGGCGAUGCCGACUUCUACCCCAACUGGGGCAGAAUCCAGCCGGGAUGUGGAGUGGACAUCGAUGGAGGUUGUGCCCAUGGGCGAGCUGUGGACCUGUACGUGGAGUCGAUUAGUUCAAGAUUGGGACUGGUUGGUCGUCAGUGCUCAGGUUUCCAGGACAUCCGCAAUGGAAUUUGCACCGAGACUGGAUUGUCGUCUGCGAUUGGUGGAGAACCAGCGAAUAGAGCAAAUAGAGUGCAUGGAAUUUUCUACUUCGGUACAGCUAAUGGGCGUCCCUUUGUCAACGAGUGUUAAAGAUGUUUUAAUAUAGGUUGGGCGAAUUGGUUUUGAACAUGCUGCUCAAAUCGCGUUGUGGAAUUGUUAAUCCGAAUAAUCAUUUUACAGACUGCUGUAAAGUAUAUACAAUGUGUACUUGUGUGUGGCACACUUAAGUGUUAAGUGCCUUGAUCUUUGAUAUAAUUUUUUCGAUGCCAUUUUGACGCUUCAAAAAUAUAUGAUCUCUCAACUAUAGUUGAAUGUGCCAGUUGGGGAUCAACUGUUGCUUAAAUACCAGCGUGAACAGUUUUCAACUAUCACUUAAUAAAUGCGAUAAAAAGUGCCUAAGUAAGAUCAUGACAUAGAUGUUUUUAUCCCGCAGUUAGAACAAGAACUGAUUAAGCCAUACAUAA